CCGGGAGUGUUUGACGUGGCAGUUCGCAGCCCGGCUGCAACUCGGUUCUUGAGACCAGCCCGUGGGGACACCCGGCCGGUGGAAAGGCGCGGCGGGAGCAGCGGCCGCAGCGGGAGCUGGGUCACCGGGGGCAACCGGCCCCAGGAACAGAGCCACAGGCUCUCGGAAGCCCGGCGGCGUUGGGGAGCGGGUCCAGGUUUCUUUUGUAGAACUGUCCUUUGGAAUGAUAUUUUCAUAAUGAGUCAACAAGGUUAUGUGGCUACACCCCCCUAUUCUCAGUCGCAGCCUGGAAUAGGCCUUUCUCCACCUCAUUAUGGACACUAUGGUGACCCAUCACAUGCAGCUUCUCCACCAGGUUUGAUGAAGCCAGCAGGGCCUUUGGGGGCUGCUGCCCCUGGGGGGAUGUUGCCCCCUGGCCCUCCACCUCCUGGAACCCAUCAGUUUGGCCAGAAUGGAGCCCAUUCCUCUGGGCUUCCACCUCAAAGAUUUCCAGGUCCUCCACCUAUCAACAGUGUGGCACCAUCCUAUGCACCAUACUCACCUUCUACACAGUCGUCUUAUCCAAGUCCUGCGUCCACUACAUCCAUCACCCAACUGGGCACCCAACUCAGUGCUAUGCAAAUUAACAGCUAUGGUUCGGGCAUGGCUCCUCCCAGCCAGGGACCCCCUGGCCCUCCAUCUGUGGCACCGUUCCAGGGUCCUCCACGACCUCCGCAGCCAUCCAUUUUGCAACCUGGAUCUCAGGUUCUUCUACCACCACCCACUGCACUGAAUGGCCCUGGUGCCUCACCCUUGUCUCCGCCAACACAUAGGCAGGAUGGGCUCCCUGGGCCUGCUCCUCCCAAUGCCCAGCACCAGCCCCCAUCUCUUCCAGGACAGACUCUGGGCACUGGAUAUCCUCCACAGCAGGCAGCUAACUAUGGCCCCCAGAUGGCAGGCGCACAACUCUCCUAUCCAGGAGGCUUUCCUGGGGGUCCUGCACAGAUGGCUGGCCCUCCACCACCCCAGAAGAAGCUGGAUCCUGACUCUAUCCCUAGCCCAAUCCAGGUGAUCGAGAAUGACCGAACCACCAGAGGAGGACAAGUUUAUGCCACCAACACCAGAGGCCAGGUUCCUCCUCUGGUCACUACAGAUUGUGUGAUACAAGAUCAAGGCAAUGCUAGUCCUCGGUACAUCCGUUGCACUACAUACUGUUUCCCAUGCACAUCAGAUAUGGCUAAGCAAGCUCAGAUUCCAUUAGCUGCUGUUAUCAAACCCUUUGCCACAAUUCCAUCAAAUGAGACUCCCCUUUACUUGGUGAAUCAUGGAGAGAAUGGACCUGUCAGAUGCAACAGAUGCAAAGCCUAUAUGUGCCCAUUUAUGCAGUUCAUUGAAGGAGGAAGAAGGUAUCAGUGUGGAUUUUGCAACUGUGUGAAUGAUGUUCCAUCAUUCUAUUUCCAACAUCUGGACCACAUUGGGAGAAGACUGGACCACUAUGAGAAGCCAGAGCUAUCUCUAGGAUCUUAUGAAUAUGUUGCUACUUUGGAUUACUGCAGAAAAAAUAAGCCACCUAACCCACCAGCCUUUAUCUUCAUGAUUGAUGUUUCAUAUAGUAAUAUAAAGAAUGGUCUUGUGAAACUCAUCUGUGAAGAACUGAAGACUGUGCUGGAAAAGCUUCCAAAGGAAGAACAGGAAGAGACUUCUGCCAUUCGAGUUGGUUUUAUCACAUAUAACAAAGUUCUCCAUUUCUUUAAUGUGAAGAGUAAUUUGGCCCAGCCUCAGAUGAUGGUGGUUACUGAUGUUGGAGAGGUCUUUGUUCCUUUGUUGGAUGGUUUCCUUGUCAACUAUCAAGAAUCCCAGUCUGUGAUUCACAAUUUAUUGGACCAGAUUCCAGAGAUGUUUGCAGACUCUAAUGAAAAUGAGACUGUCUUUGCUCCUGUCAUCCAGGCUGGCAUGGAAGCACUAAAGGCAGCAGAUUGUCCUGGGAAGCUGUUCAUCUUCCAUUCCUCCUUGCCAACCGCUGAAGCGCCAGGGAAGCUCAAAAACAGAGAUGACAAAAAACUGAUUAAUACAGAGAAAGAGAAGGUACUUUUCCAGCCCCAAACGAAUGUCUAUGACUCUCUGGCCAGGGACUGUGUGACUCAUGGCUGCUCCGUGACGCUCUUCCUCUUUCCCAGUCAGUAUGUGGACGUGGCCUCUCUGGGUCUUGUUCCUCAGCUCACUGGGGGAACCCUUUACAAAUACAACAAUUUCCAGAUGCACUUGGACAGCCAACAAUUUUUGAAUGACCUCAGAUAUGAUAUUGAAAAGAAAAUAGGAUUUGAUGCUAUUAUGAGAGUUCGCACCAGCACAGGUUUCAGAGCCACUGAUUUUUUUGGUGGAAUUUUUAUGAACAACACGACCGAUGUAGAAAUGGCAGCCAUUGAUUGUGACAAGGCAGUCACUGUGGAGUUCAAGCAUGACGACAAACUCAGUGAAGACAGUGGAGCCUUAAUCCAGUGUGCUGUGCUUUACACAACGAUCAGCGGCCAAAGAAGACUUCGGAUUCACAAUCUUGGUUUAAAUUGCAGCUCCCAGUUAGCUGAUCUCUAUAAGAGCUGUGAGACAGAUGCCCUUAUCAAUUUCUUUGCCAAGUCAGCUUUUAAAGCAGUUCUACACCAGCCCUUGAAGGUCAUCCGGGAAAUCCUGGUUAAUCAGACUGCCCAUAUGUUGGCAUGUUACCGAAAGAAUUGUGCAGGUCCAUCUGCAGCAAGCCAGCUUAUUCUACCAGAUUCCAUGAAAGUAUUGCCAGUGUACAUGAAUUGUUUGUUAAAAAAUAGUGUGCUGCUCAGCAGACCGGAGAUCCCAACAGAUGAGCGGGCCUAUCAGAGGCAGCUGGUCAUGACCAUGGGUGUGGCUGACUCCCAGCUCUUCUUCUACCCACUGCUUCUGCCAAUACACGUGUUAGAUGUUAAAAAUGCAACAUUACCUGCUGCUAUUCGUUGCUCCGAGACCCGUCUUUCCGAAGAAGGAAUAUUCCUGUUGGCUAACGGUCUAAAUAUGUUCUUAUGGUUGGGAGUAAGUAGCCCACCAGAACUGAUUCAAGGAAUAUUUAAUGUGCCAUCUUUUGCUCAUAUCAACACAGAUAUGACCUUACUGCCUGAGGUGGGAAGCCCAUACUCUGAAAAACUCAGAAUGAUAAUGACUAUUAUUCAGCAGAAGAGGCCGUAUUCAGUGAAGCUUACAAUAGUAAAGCAGCGAGAGCAGCCAGAAAUGGUUUUCCGUCAAUUCCUGGUAGAAGACAAAGGACUUUACGGAGGAUCCUCAUAUGUGGAUUUCCUUUGUUGUGUUCACAAGGAGAUUUGUCAGCUGCUUAAUUAACUGAAUUUUCUCUGUUGUUGAUGUUGCAUUUCUGAGGAGAUAAUCUCCUUCUUGGUGCCUAAUUCCCUAGCUGAUAACAAAUUAGUUUUGAUUUCUUGUUCAUUUUCAGAAUAGCUUUCCAAGAUGGCAUUUAGAACUUCAGCUUUGGUGCUCAGGAAUAAAGCCAGUGAAGGUACAGUUGUAUCUUAAAGGGAACAGUCUAUUUCUGAUUGUACAAUUUUUAACUUUAAAAACUGAUACAGUUUGCAUUUCAUGAAAGAUAUAGUUUACAGAACUGUAAACAUUCUCAAUUUUCUUUAUGCUAGACCUAUAAAUUAUUUUUCAAAGUGUAUAGAUUUUGGGUAAAAAUUGUUUUGGUUCCUCUCCUGUUUGCAGUGAGAGAAAAAAAAACUUAAUUUUUACAUUAUACGUAAUUUUUUUAAACCAUGUAAUGCCAUCAAACAUAUUUUUCAACUUAAGGUUUGCAUAGCAGACUUUUAAUAACCUUGGAAUCUAUCUGGUGGAACAAUUUGUGUUCUGCAUUUUUUCUUAAUUAUAUGUUGUGUAUGUUAAAAUUUUUUCAGUUGUUUUGUCUAUGUAACUGUCUUUAUCAAUAUUCUUAAUGGUUCUUUGUACAAUUUUGAAGGUUUCUACCUGUAUAUAAUGGAUCUUAACCAGUAUCAAUAAAUCACUUCGUCUACUCUUAGCAGAUACUC